GCGCUUUCGCGCUGCUCCGGGCUUACGCGAAGAGUGGCUCGGGACCUGCGGCCAGUGACAGGUCCCAGGAUGGCGUCGGUUCCGGGGGACAGCGGGACCGCUUGCACGCUGGAAUUCGCUGUGCAAAUGACCUGUCAGAGCUGCGUGGAUGCGGUUCGCAAAUCCCUGCAUGGGGUGGCAGGCGUCCAGAGCGUGGAGGUCCAGUUGGAGAACCAGAUGGUCGUGGUACAGACCACCUUGCCCAGUCCAAAGGUGCAGGCCCUCCUGGAAGGCACCGGGCGGCAGGCAGUACUCAAAGGCAUGGGCAGUAGCAUAUUACAGAAUUGGGAGGCCGCGGUGGCCAUUCUGGAGGGGCUUGGCCCUGUGCAGGGGGUGGUGCGCUUCCUACAGCUGACCCCUGAACAGUGCCUCAUCGAGGGGACCAUUGAUGGCCUGGAGCCUGGCCCUCAUGGCCUCCAUGUCCAUCAGUACGGGGACCUGACCAGCAACUGUGCCAGCUGCGGGGACCACUUUAACCCUGAUGGAACAUCUCACGGUGGCCCAGAGGACGCUAACCGGCACCAUGGAGACCUGGGGAACGUCCACGCGGACACUGACGGCCGAGCAGUCUUCAGGAUGGAGGAUGAGAAGCUGAAGGUGUGGGACGUGAUUGGCCGCAGCCUGGUGAUCGAUGAGGGGGAAGAUGACCUGGGCCGAGGUGGCCACCCUUUGUCCAAGGUCACCGGGAACUCUGGCAAGAGGCUGGCCUGUGGCAUCAUCGCACGCUCCUCGGGCCUGUUCCAGAACCCCAAGCAGAUCUGCUCCUGCGACGGCAUCACCAUCUGGGAGGAGCGGGACCGGCCCAUCGCCGGCAAGGGCCGCAAGGAGCCUGCCCAACGCCCUGCCCACCUCUGAAUCUGCCCCUCCCAGCUGAGCAGCCUCCAUUUCAGAAGGCUCCCAGGGAACCCUAGCCCUGGGAAAACUAGGGUCUGCACGGGGAGGAUGUCUGCAACGCCCGUCCCCUUGGCUCAUUAAACUUUAUUUUCACAUGGGACUUCA